UUUUGCUGCAAAAGAGUGUCAAGUCUCGUAAUGGCGACGCUCAAGUGAGUGGGAAGCGCUAAAGAAAAACAGUGUUUAGGAACCCAAAGAAAGACUCAAAAACAUCUGUUUGAAGGCAGAGGGACACCAAAAGGGUGAUAUAUCACCUACUGGUGAAACAGAGAGCAACCACAGCUCCAAAAGGUAAUUACCAACUGCAAGAGUGGUCAAUUAAACUCCACCUGAAAGGAUCUCAAGCAUUUUAGUUGGGAGGAAACACAGCUGCAGGGGUAACAGAGAGGGAAGAAGGCCCCAAAAGGAGUUUCCAUUUUAAGAGAAUAUUUAGGCUAUACCACGAAUAUACCCAAGAGCCGCCACUGCAUCCCCACUCGAUCAACAACCACUGUGAUACGCAACACACACAUUUUCUCGCCUAGUUUGUAGUUUAGCAACAUUUUGAUCGUUUUGUCAGUGAAUGAGACUGUGAAGGGGAUGUCUGAGAGCGUCUCGGAUGUUGGGGCCGAGGACGCGGAUUGUAUGGCACCGGACGUGGAAUCGGAUAGUGGUAGUGAUGCCCCAAAGGGACAUCAUAUUCGGUACACGCUUGAGGAGCUAAUGACUUUGGGGGAACUCCCGUUAUCACGGCGACGCCCUGAAUGCUACGAUGACACACCACCCCCUAGUAAUGCUAUCCGUAUCCCAUGGCGUAGACCGGCGGAUCCACCGCGUCCGGAAGAUGACAAACUUACGCGCUUGGAUAAGCGUAGAGAACGUGUACGGAAGUUUCAGGAGAUUGUACUGUCACCACAGCGACGAUCCUUCAACAUGGGAUGCCACAUGCCACCACCACCAUCCCAACCAGCAGCUCCCCUGGUGCCGGCAUUUGGACGCGAUAGGGAUGGUGGACGUGAUCGAAGAAUUGGAAGCGGGAGAAUUGUGACGAGGGAUGUGUCAUGGGACUACAAACCACCCGAUAGUAGUGAGACAGAGAGUAGCUAUUCCUACCGAAAUGGGGCACCAACAUACAUGCCACCACGUCCUGAGCGAGAUAGCAGUGCCACCAGAGAUGAGUGGAUGGAACGAAGACCUUUCCCACAGAGGAAUUCCACAAGCUCAUUUGAUUCAAAUAGAGGCCGUGGUGGAGCCGUUCGGCGUGGCUAUCGUGACUUUGAGGCAGAACCCGAAUGGUUUAGCUCUGGGCCAACAUCCCAAUUUGACACAAUUGAACUCAAGGGCUUCGAAGAAGCUGCCCAAGCAUCUGAAGAACAACAACCGCAACAGCCACAAGCACCAUCACAACCUCCUCAGGAGGAGGUUGAAGUGAAAACGGAAGAGGCACCAACAAAAGCAGCAACUCCACCACCCGAUACCAAUAAUAAUGCUCCAGCGGAAAAGGAUGUAGCACGAGAAUUUAACUUUGAUGAAUAUUUCCAUUUGGAUGCGGACUUUCUCAGUGAUCACACACGUCCCCCAGAUGGGGCUGGUUCGCGUUUCAGUCAAUGGUUUUCACGUCGAAGUCCCGAUGCAAUGCCACAGGCUGUUGCAGCAGCUGAUGUCUUUGACAGUCGUCGCUCAUCAAUCAUUGAUGAGCUGGAAAAUAUCAUGAAUGACUCUCUGAGCCCUGAACCAUCAGAUGGGAAUUCCAACAAGUACUUCACACCAAUUUCCCCAGCAAAUGGUGGUGGUGAAGUGCCAAAGAGUGUGAUGGAUUUUCUGCAUACAGCUAAUAUGGGAUCUACCACUGGACUCCCACCGGGUCCACCGCCCGUUAAGCACAACCCCCAGAAGAUUCUCAAUGUCAAAGAAAUCGAAGCAUCAAUGCGUGAGUGUGGCUUCCCCGAGAGACCACCACAACCACCACCACAGGGGCGACCACCGCAGCGCCCUCCUAUGCGCUUUGAGGCAGCACCAGCACAACCCAAGGAGAAGCCCGAAAUGGAUGUUUUCCGGAAGUUUGUGGCAAAUAUGCCAAAUGAGCAAUUGGUGGGUGGAAAGGGACCCCCAGCACCACCGCCGGAUGAUAAAGCCAAAAAACAAUUCAAUGCUGGGCCACGUGGAGGCCGAACCACGGCAUCCACGUACUUGGAAUUGGUUCAGAAGGUCAUCUAUCACGGGGCUACACAAACCAAUCGCCAGGAGUUGCUCAAUACACCGGAGGCUAGGGAAUUCCUCAGGGGCCUAGUUCGCGGUGAGCUGUCAAUUCACAAUUUGCUACGGCAUCUACGUGUGGCAAUGCCGGGGCGUGAACAGGAGAUUAUUGUUGCUGUAUUGUGGCACUUUGAUAAGACAUCCCGUGCUGAGGUAGCUGCUCAAUUGAUGCAACAACCACCACCACCACCACGUCCCAUAAUACAGCAACAACAGCCACAUUCACCAAAUCUCGCGCCAGAUCCAGCACCGCAUUUGACUGUUUUUCCCGCCGCUACGCAACCACCACCAACUGGGGUUGCACCCAAGCUCUCAGUAUCCCCACUGCCCAAUGCUAUGCCCCAACGUAUUCCAUCUCCACGUGAACUACAAUUCCACACGCAAUCCAUCAUGCAGAAUGCAUUGAUACGGAAGAAGUUGGAGGAGCAACUUGAGAAUUAUCGGAAACGCCAGGAGAUGGCACAGCAGCAAAUGGCACCUGAGCAGGCAUCCCCCGCGAGGCGACUCAAGCCUCAACAUCAAGCAGCACCAUCGCCAACACCACUUGCAUUCACACCUACCUCUGUGUUGCGCAAAAUGACUGCUGAUAAGGAUAUGGAGCCGCCACAGGUUAAGGAUACAGCUCGAAUGGUAGCACCAUCAGUGCAAGUGCCAAAGGGACGAGCCAUCGUGAAGGGUGGACAGCAGAUGAUGUAUGCAUCGAAUAUUGAAAUGCAACAGAUGCAGCAGUACCAGGCACAGCAGCAGCAGCAACAGCAACAGCGUCCACGUGCCACACCACCAAUUCCACCACAAAUGGGCAUGGCACCGGGUGGUGGGGCUUUUGCGAAUUUUGCACAGCAGCAUUUUAUGCAGCAACAACGCCCCCAGAGGCCACCACGGCAUCAAUUUGAUUUUAUGCGUGCUGCCCCACGACCACCGGGUGACAUUCAUCCACGUCCACGGGAUGAUCAGCAGCAGCCGCCACAUGCUUUCUGUCCCUUCCCCGGGGAUCAGAGAUCAAUGCUAAACUUUGGACGUGAUGGCAAUAUGUCCCCAACGAGUAAUCAACUGGCACGAUGGUUCUCCCCGGAACUAUUGGCACAAGCUUCCGCUGGGAAAUUGCCAUCUCUUGGCGUUGGGCAAGCACUCAGUCUCGAGGAGUUCGAGAGAAAUAUCCAACAUUCCUCUACGACGGUUCACAAUUAGCCACCCCCCUCCCUCCCGACCCUUCUCAAACACAAAUACCCCCCCCCCCACAUCAUUCUCUGUGGUCUUCACAUGUCCCUCAAUGUGACCUCCCCUUCUCCCCCAUUCAAUAAUAUAAAACAAAAGAAAGAAAAUGUAUAAUGAGGACAAGUCAGCGAGACUUUGAAUGAAAAAAAAAAGGAAAAUGAAAUGAAAUGGAAAAGAAGCUACCAGAAGAAAAUCUCGCUGAGAAAAUCAACGUGAAUUUGUCUUUAAACAAAAAAAAAUAAAAUGAAAUAUUAUUUUCAUGUGUGUCUGAAGGGAGAAAAUGUACGAUGAAUAAAUUAUUUCUCAGCUGCAAAAA